AUGUCAGAACGCUGUGUUACAACAGUUACACCAGCACAGAUAGUAGGAUCCUUUGGCACUAACUGCCAAAUGAUGAUAGUUGACUGCCGUGAUGCAGAUUAUAAUGACGGAGGCCAUAUUAAAACAGCGAUUAAUAUUCCUUCUUCGAGACUCGUUGGAAAUAACAUAGAAAAGCUUGUUAAUGACUGUGCUAAAGAUGGCAUUAGCACUUUAGUGUUCUAUUGUCAAUAUGGCCAACAAAGAAGUGUAAAGGCAGCUAACGCUGCAAAUAGAUACAUAAACGAGUUGGAAGUUAAACCACUCGUACAGAUUUCAUACUUAAAGGGUGGUUUUCAAGAUUUCUUAAGAAAAUACGCUGGCACUGAAAAUGUAGUUAAAUGA